AUGUAUAUAGACGAAGAAACUACAGGAUGUGUUGGAAGCUUAAUCAGAUCUUUCAAAAAUUUAUUCUCCAGAAAAGCCAGAUAUACCGUAAUCAAAUCCGUGUCGAUUCCCAAAAACACAUUUCUUCCAAAGUCGCUCAAAUUCAUAAAGGUUUUGGGACAAGGAGGGUUUGGCAAGGUGUUUUUAGCACAAAAGGUAGAAGAAAACUCCGAAUUUGAACUGUGUGCAGUAAAAAGACUACAAAAGCACCCACUAAUAGUCCAAAAACAAGUGGACCACAUCAUCUCAGAAAAUAAACUCCUGGCCUCGGUCAACCAUCCAUUCAUAGUGAAACACCUGGGCUCCUAUAAGGAUAAUCAUUAUCUGUACCUUGUAAUGGAAUAUGUUUCAUCUGGAGACUUCUUCACAUACUUGAGGAAAGAAAAUUAUUUAGAGUCCCAUGAUGCUAUGUUCUAUGCAGCUCAGGUCACAGCAAUGUUCGAAUAUCUACACGAUAAUAAUAUAAUUUAUCGUGACUUGAAGCCAGAAAACCUUUUACUUUGUUUCGAUGGUUAUUUAAAACUGACUGAUUUCGGAUUCGCAAAGGUUGUUGAGUUUAGGACUUACACCCUCUGUGGAACUCCAGAAUACAUGUCGCCCGAGAUCAUUUUACACCUUGGAUAUGGAAAAGCUGUAGAUUGGUGGACUCUGGGAAUACUAAUUUAUGAAAUGCUGGCAGGUUAUCCACCAUUUUACGAUUCAAACCCACAAAGUUUGUACGAUAAAAUACUUAAAUGUAAACUAAAAUUCCCGAUUCAUUACGAUGAGGAUGCUAAAUAUUUAACUUCAAGACUUCUAGUUACCGAACCAUCUCAAAGGUUCGGGAACUUGCAUAAAGGAAUAGAUGAUAUUAAAAAAUGUAAAUGGUUUGAGUCCAUGGAUUUCGAUGCUUUAGUUGAAAAGGAAUUAAGUCCACCACAUAUUCCCGAACGGAAAGAGGAUUUACCAGCCGAAGAAUUUAUUGAUUCUUACAGAAUGCCCAAAGAAGUAACUGGAGAAGACGAUCCAUUUGUAGAUUGGUGA